AUGAAUGCAUCACAAGUAGAAACAAAUCUCAAUGGCCUUCGUCCCAAACUAAUUUCUAUUCCAUUAAUCAAGAAGCAAUUCACUGUUCCUACGUAUAAGGCAACUUUUCGGACAUCUGCUCGAUCGAGUACAAAAUGGGAGAAAAAUUUCACAAAUCAUUCAAGUCACACGAACGCAAUAACUACAUAUGAAGCGUAUGGACUCACAAUGAACAAAAUUGUAGUCGAUCUUCAAGUUCCACUUCAGACAUUGCAAGUGGCGUCAGUAUAUGUACCACUCAGCAGGGUGAAGAGAGCGGAAGAUACAGUCAUUCUUCGACCUUUUGAUAUGAAGGUUCUACCAGUACGACCUUCUCUUGCUCAAGACGCUGAACUGAAACGUCUGGAUGAACUUGACAAAAAGACAAAACGAGAGUGUACCUCUUUCAUUUCGUAA